AGCUGUUGCUGCUGGAAAUGUACGCGCGGUUGAAAGGAGCGCUCCUGAAUCAUUAUCAUCUAGAAUCAGGUGGACAUUUCUAGCCACGGCACCAAGUAUUCAUUUCAACGACAACGAAUAGUUCUUGAAUUUUUUUAAGACAUUCCAAAAAAUUUUAAAAUAGACACUGCUGUCAUAUUUAUCCGUCAAUACCGGCUCAAACACAGAGUAACCUACAGUUAAGAACUGGGCAGAACGUGACACCGGAGAGAUAUCAAAGAACAGUGUUAAGCCAUCUGUCAGACACGCAGACCGUAAACACAAUGGGAAGGAAGAAGAUACAAAUCUCUCGUAUCCUAGACCAGCGGAAUCGACAGGUGACAUUCACCAAGCGUAAGUUUGGCCUGAUGAAGAAAGCGUAUGAGCUGAGUGUACUGUGUGACUGUGAGAUCGCCCUCAUCAUCUUCAACAGCACCAACCGUCUGUUCCAGUACGCCAGCACUGACAUGGACAAGGUCCUGCUCAAGUACACAGAGUACAGCGAGCCUCACGAGAGCAGGACCAACACAGACAUACUGGAGACUCUGCGGAGGAAGGGCCUGGGCCUGGACGGGACAGAGCUGCUGGACACGGAGGAACCCAUGCAGGUGGCAGCAGAGAAGUAUGGCCCACACAGCGAGGGCAUGGACCUCUCCCUGGCCCGCCAGCGCUACUACGUUAGUACUCACACGGGUCUUAUCAGACAGGCCCCCUCCUUGCACUCACCAGAGGCCCAGUUCCUGGUGUCUACUGGCUGUGAGAAUGGAUACCCCAACUCCUCCAACCCCAGCCCGAGCUCCCACAGACCCCCGGCCUUCAAGCCCCUGGGCCCCAGACCAGGCUCAGCCAGCCCUGCAGGGCCCCACUGCCAUGCUGCCUUCAUGUCCCCACACUCAGGUAUUGGCAACUCUAUGUUCUCCCACGGCAACCUGAGCCGGGCCUUGGAGAUGAAGACUCCUCCCCCUUUGAAUCUGGGCAGUGAGAACCGGCGGACAGAGAGCCACCCAGGCAUGGGUGGCACACGCGCCAACUUUAGCAGUUCUAGAGGCCUACUGUACCCGGGCAUGCACCCAGGGAACCACAUGCUGGCAAUGGGGAAGACAGGUCUGCUGACUCAUGGUCUGGGGGGCUACAGCCUCUCCUCUGCUGGACCAUCUGACUACAGUCACCCAGGUUUCUCCCAUGCUGUGAGUCUACAGCGUGGGACUGUGAACCCAUGGCAGACAGCACAACCACAGGAGCAGCAUGUACCUCACCUCAGCCCAGCGAUGUCCAGUGGAGGGUGCUCUUUUCCUUCUCAGUCCUCAACCCCCACCCCUCCUCCUCACCCCUCCCUCAACCUCAGCAUCAAAUCGGAGCGCUGCUCCCCGGAGCACAUCUGCUCCCCGACCUCUCCGCCCGUGCGCCACUUGAGGCAGCACUCUCCAAUGAGCACCUCCAAUUCCGCUCAUCACACCCCCCAGGAGCCCUACCCAGCCAAUGAGAGAGAGGAUUUCCCCAAAGGAGGUGUUCCCUACCCGGCUCAGCACGGGGCAGAGGAGAAAGGAGGGCUGCCCCUGAGGCAAUUAGAAAUCAGCGAUGGGUGGCAGAGAUAGCUGGCAGCGACUACCACACACAAAAAUCCUGCCACAUGGUUUCCAACACACAGAGAGAGGUGAUGGGUUCACUCGUUCACAUCAUCCCAGAGGAAAGAAAGACCCCCCUUAGAGCUGGGCUGGACUCUCCAUUGUAGGCAAUGAACAUGUGGCACUGCCUCUCUGAUUUUGAUACAGUGAGGAGAUACCGUGGGUGUGUUGUUGUUGGGUUUGGUUGGUUUGUCUGCGUGUUGGUUCAAAGGGGUGUCAAACCACACAUCAAUGUGGUUCUCUCCUCCUGCUUGGGCUACAGCACAGAGCAGAGCAGGGGUGAGAGCAUCAGUCAUUUAGCCAUGUAACUUAGAGCACAGUGUUUCAGAUUAAUGCUUCACAUUCAGGUCCCCAUUUAAUGUACAUAUAUAUAACUUUAAUGCUUAGUUUAUCCUUCAGCCCAAAAUCAAUGAAGUGGUCAGCUCACAGGAGACCGAUUAGGGAGCAGCAAGGUUCUAUUCAUCUAUCAUGGUCUCAAUGGGCAUGGCCUCGUGAUAGUGAGUGGGAAGUUGGGCUGGAUAGGAAUUGAUCACAGAAAAACAAAAAUGUAAUCUCCACUUAUGGAUUUUUGUAUUGAAAAUCUGUGCAUUUUUAAGUCUCUCAGGGAUUUUGAUCAUUGGUUCCAUUACAAAGGUUUAGUGUUGCUUUUAAUAAUACUGAGCAAAGCUGUUUGUUUUUACACUAUAUCCUGCAUAGUUUAAUUAUUUAUUUUUGGACACUGGCCUUAAUUAUGAAAAAUUAUGACAUCAAUUUAAGAUCAAAGGUCCAUAUUCAGUAUAACCAUUUUAUAAAGUUGAGCUUUUUUUUUGUUUAAAUAAAUUAAAAAGCUCAGGGCUGGACUACCGCAUUUGGGGUCACUGGGGAACCGACCUCCAGUUACCCUGCUUUUCAACAUAUUUUGUAUUGGAAAAAUGUGCAGUUUUAUAUCAAAUCAAAUCAAAUGGUGUAGUAGACCUUACAGUGAAAUGCUUACUUACAAGCCCUUAACCAACAAUGCAGUUUUAAGUAAGAGAUAAAAAAAAAAGUAAGAGACAAGAAUAACAAAUGAUUAAAGAGCAGCAGUAAAUAACAAUAGUGGAGCUACAUACAGGGGUACCGGUUACCCCGGUGUCGAUGUAAUAUAGUUACCCCGGUGUCGAGGUAAUAUGGUUACCCCGGUGUCGAGGUAAUAUAGUUACCCCGGUGUCGAGGUAAUAGAGGUAGUAUAGUUACCCCGGUGUUGAGGUAAUAUAGUUACCCCGGUGUCGAGGUAAUAUAGUUACCCCGGUGUCGAGGUAAUAUGGUUACCCCGGUGUCGAGGUAAUAUAGUUACCCCGGUGUCGAGGUAAUAUGGUUACCCCGGUG